CCUUUUUCUCUUAUAAACAAAACAUGGGGUUCCCCCCUCAACAAUCCCAAUACAAACUCUCAUGCUCCUCUCUGCCCUCAACUCCUCUCACCUCCUCCAAUGCCUCCAUUCAUUCUUCUGCUCACAAUAAUCUCUGUUCUCUUCUCCUCCUCAUUCUCCAUUGAUGACCAAGGCCUCGCUCUGCUCUCAUGGAAGAAAACUCUCAACGCCUCCUCAGUCUCCCUCGAUUCAUGGAGCCCUUCAGACCCAAAUCCUUGCAGUUGGUUUGGAGUCUCAUGCGACAAGGACUCCAAAGUUACCAGCCUCACAUUGAAAUCAACGGACCUGCAAGGCCCAUUACCUUCAAAUUUCCAAUCCCUGUCCUCCUUGGACUCGCUAGUCAUCUCUGCAGCCAAUAUCACUGGCUCAAUACCGAAAGAAUUUGGUGACUACCAGCAGUUAACGUUUCUUGAUCUUAGCAAGAAUCAGAUAUCUGGUGAGAUUCCAAUUGAAUUGUGCAGGCUCACUAAACUUGAAUCCUUGUCCCUCAACUCUAAUUCUCUGCAAGGAGCUAUUCCUUCCGAUAUCGGAAACCUGUCGAGUUUGACUUAUCUAACCCUCUAUGACAACUUUCUUAACGGAGAGGUUCCAGCAAGCAUCGGAAAGUUGACAAAGCUUGAAGUGCUCAGAGCUGGUGGUAAUCAAAAUCUCAAGGGACCGUUGCCAGCAGAGAUUGGUAACUGCACAAAUUUAGUAAUGCUGGGUCUUGCGGAGACCAGCAUCUCCGGCAGUUUGCCUUCUACAAUUGGCAAUCUAAAGAAGAUUCAGACCAUUGCUAUUUACACUGCUCUGCUCUCUGGUUCGAUCCCGAAAGAGAUUGGUAACUGCACUGAGCUUGCAAGCUUGUUUCUUUAUCAGAAUUCUAUAUCUGGGUCUAUUCCAAAUGAGCUUGGAAAUCUUGUAAAGCUUCAAACUCUGCUUUUAUGGCAGAACAGUUGUCAAGAGCUGAAUCUAAUGGAUUUAUCUCUCAAUCUUGUUUCCGGGUCUAUACCGAAAACUAUUGGUAAACUCUCAAAUCUGCAGCAACUUCAGCUGAGUACUAAUCAGCUCUCUGGCUCAAUCCCCGCUGAGAUCUCCAACUGCUUUGCGCUAACUGAUUUCGAAGUCGACAACAACAACCUCUCGGGUGAGAUUGAUAUAGAUUUCAAGAAGCUGUCAGGCCUCACCUUGUUCUUUGCCUGGCAGAACAGAUUAACUGGAAAUAUUCCUGGUAAUCUUGCAGAGUGUCAGAAUCUCCAAUCUCUUGAUCUCUCUUACAAUAACCUGACAGGUCCAAUACCAAAGCAACUAUUUGGGCUACAAAAUCUCACAAAGUUGUUGCUUCUAUCCAAUGAGCUCUCUGGAUUGAUUCCUCCAGAUAUUGGUAACUGUACCAAUCUUUUCAGGGUUAGGCUGAAUGAGAACAGUCUAACUGGAUCAUUACCUGCAGAGAUUGGAAUGUUGAAGAACCUCAAUUUUCUCGAUAUUAGCGGCAAUCGACUCAUUGGUCAAAUCCCUCCAGCAUUAUCAGGCUGCGAAAGUCUCGAGUUUCUUGAUCUUCAUUCUAAUGCACUUGGUGGAUCUCUGCCAGAUUCGCUUCCAAAGAAUCUACAAUUCGUUGACAUUUCAGAUAACAUGCUCAGUGGUCCAUUAGGACCCGCUAUCCGAUCCUUAACGCAGCUAACAAAGUUUGUUGCAGGUAAGAAUCGGUUCUCUGGCAUGAUUCCUUCAGAGCUCAAGUUGUGUACUAAGCUUCAACUGUUAGAUCUUGGUGCCAAUGUGUUAUCUGGUGCGAUACCAGCAGAGAUCGGUGAAUUGCCAGCACUUGAAAUCUCUCUCAAUCUCAGCUAUAACCGUCUUUUUGGCACAAUUCCAUCUCAGUUCUCAGGCCUUAGCAAACUCGCAAUCCUUGACGUUUCUCACAACAAUCUCACAGGAGAUCUCAAUCAUCUUGUCGAUCUCCAAAAUCUUGUUGCCUUGAACAUCUCAUUCAAUAGCUUCUCGGGCUCAUUGCCGAAUUCCCCUUUCUUCCGGAAGCUUCCCCUGUCAGACCUCACUGGAAACCAGGGACUGUUCAUCUCAUCUGGGUCAGCCAGCACAGGCACGACGGCAGCUUCCAUGUCAGCACUAAAACUAGCCGUGUCAAUCCUAGUCAGCGUUGGUGUGCUGCUACUAUUAAUAGCAGCCUACGUGGCUGUUCGUGCCCGUGCUGCUCCCAGUAGAGAUGAAACGGACACAUGGGAAGUCACAUUGUACCAAAAGCUGGACUUCUCUGUUGAUGACAUAGUCCGAAGGCUGACAUCAGCGAACGUCAUCGGAACAGGGAGUUCUGGUGUAGUUUACAAGGUUGGUUUACCGACAGGUGACACUUUUGCGGUAAAGAAAAUGUGGUCAUCGAACGAGAAUGGUGCAUUUCAGAAUGAGAUAUCAACACUAGGUACAAUUCGUCAUCGGAAUAUAGUGAGAUUAUUGGGCUGGGGAGCCAACGGGAGUACCAAAUUGCUGUUCUACAAUUACUUGGUGAAUGGGAGUUUGAGCGGGUUCCUUCACCGGGGAGUGAAGGGAUCGGGGGAUUGGGAGAUGAGAUACAAUAUCGUUGUAGGAGUUGCGCAUGCUAUCUCAUAUUUGCAUCACGAUUGUGUGCCCGCAAUCUUGCAUGGAGAUGUUAAGAGCAUGAAUGUGUUGUUAGGUGAGAGAUAUGAAGCAUAUUUGGCUGAUUUCGGGUUGGCCAAGGUUUUAACUGGAGGUUGUAGCAGAGUUGGGAAGCUGGAGAUUAAGCCUUCACCAAAGAUUGCGGGCUCUUAUGGUUACAUUGGUCCAGAACAUGCUUCAAUGCAGCGAAUCACCGAAAAGAGCGAUGUCUACAGCUAUGGUGUAGUCCUACUCGAGGUUCUAACAGGAAGACAUCCGUUAGACCCAUCACUCCCUGGAGGUGCACAUUUAGUUCAAUGGGUCCGUGAUCAUUUGGCAAACAAGCGCGAUCCAAUUGAACUCCUUGACUCAAGACUCCGAGGUCUUCCAGAGUCUCAGACUCAAGAAAUGGUUCAAGCUUUGGCUAUCUCAGUAUUGUGUGUUAGUCCCCGGCCUGACGAUAGACCAACAAUGAAGGAUGUUGUUGCAUUGCUUAAAGAGAUAAGGCAAUCUGUUGCUGAUGAUCAAAAGACAUCUUCAGUGAGUAAUAUUGGUGCUUCUCCUGUUAGGGAUUUGGAUUUGAAAGGCUCUUCGACUUGUUCAUUCGCUAUGUCAGACUGUUCAAGCUGAUAAUAGGAAGGAAUUAGAUUUUUUAUUAUUUUUAUUUUUAUUUUUUGAUGGCAAAAGUUUUGUUGAUGAUGAUUAGUAUCCUGUUUGCCCUUGUAAAUCUCAAUAACUGUUAGAUAGUAUGAUGAAUAUAUUUGUUUAAAA